CCAUUCUAGUUGAAAAUUGAAACUUUCGGUUUUCGUAGAAACACUGAAAGUGAAACAGCGGGUUCUUCAGUUCCACCUUUCAACGAUCAUAUUCUCUUCACUACGCUCCGAUACAGAGAUUCAGAUCUCGAAUCGCCGCCAUUGCAGGUCGUCUUCUUCUCUGUAAUUGCAAAAUCUCUCUCUGACUUCGCGUUUGCCUUUUCUAUUUCUCUUUUGAUAACUGUAUUGAUUGUUUUUUAAGCAAAUUCCGAAUGCGAUCGUUCGAACGUUGCGAUUCUACUUUGUUUCGUGUUAGGUUAUAGAUCGCGUGUUGCACGAUGUUGCAAUGGAUGGGAGGAUCCAGGCGGAAAGUCGCUACUUCAAGGAAGUCUACACAGAAGAGGCAGAAGCAAUACUUUGAACAAAGGAAACGACAACAACAAAAUCUGCAGAUGAUAGGAUCAGAUAACUGUUUUGAUGGUCAGGGAAUAAGUGGACAAACCCUCAAAGAACAAAGGUCUCUGGACAUUCUUAAUUUGCUAAACUUGUCAACAAAUCCUCAGCAAUGCAAUCCAUUCUGCCCUAACGGGAGGGAUGAUGGAGAAAUCAGCAUUUCUACCAUGCCAGGCAGUGUCUCAACAAAUCCACCAACAAUGUUUACCAAUGUGGAUACUUCAGUAAAUUCUUGCAGAUUUGAAGAGGCAAAAGCAGGGGCACCUUUGUGCUGCCAGAUUGAAACAUCAUCAAAGAAGAGUGCUCCUGAUCACCAGAAUACUGCUUUUAAUGGACCCCCAAAUCAAUGGAAGACAGUAACUGAUCAAUACUCGGAAUUUUCUGUUAUGGAUUUGUUUUGUGAUGAUGAGCCUAAUGCCACUGCAGAAAAGUGUCCAACCUGUGAAGAUCAUGUUUCUUUUUCACUUGAAGGUUUGGGUAAAGUUGGUACAGAGACACCAGUUCAUUCUCCAGAACAGCAGGCUAGAAAUCCAUAUAGCUACUCUCCAUUGCAGAAGGAUGGAAGGAAAUCAAAAUUAAAGAAACUUAGCCAUGUGCUGAAUGACAUAGAACUUGAAGUGGAUACAAUGAUGCAAGAUAUCAAGGUUUCACCUAUAUGUUCUUCGGACUACCCAUUUAACAAAGUAAGGCAAAGCUCGGCAAUUGUUGGAAACGACAAGCAUUUUUAUGACCAUAGUAAGAGAAGUGGCUUUUCUGUUAUUGAAGAAUUCUUCAAGACUAAAAAUAGAGAUGAAGACUUGUGGAAUGCAAAUUCCGGCUUCCUUGAUGAGAGUUUUGACAACGAGAUGGGAUAUGAUACCUCUUGUAAGAAGACUUUUCAAAUGGGUUCUAAAUCUCCUGAAUUAUUGAAAAGUGGGGCCUACAAAAUGGAAAAUUAUGCUUUUGAAGACCUACUCCCAAAGAAAUGGUCUUCAGCUAUAGCGAUGAAAGAGAUCGACAUGAGUGAGCCACGGUCUUCAUUUUCCAAAGAUGAAUUAGAGAAUGAUUUUGACUUUUACGUUGCUAGCAGCUCAAGAUUAGGUGGGAACUUCAAUGCUCAAAAUUUAAUUCCAGAAGAUGUAAGGGAUAAUUCGAGCUUGCUGAGCGAAGAGUCAAGCUCACGCACUGCCGAGAGGGGUGUGUCCACUGCGCAUUCACCAUCAACAAUAUUGACGGGAGAGAACAGAAGAAAACACAGAAAUGCUUUUGCAAGCCCUAGAAAACAUAGAAAUGUUUUUGCAAGCACUAGAAACAAGUACAGUACUAAGGACGAAAAGUACAGAAGUAUGCCAAAUUCAUCAAAGCGAAUGCCAUCUCAUGACUCAAACUCUAUUCUACAGGAAGAGUUGGACGCACAUAACAGUUGGCAGUUUGAGGAAAUAAAUCCUUCAGUUGAUAAGAGUUCUGUUGCCGCCUCAUUCUGUCUAGAUUUGGAGGCAGAUUUUGCAGUCUUCGGAUCCAAGAAUAAAAUUGAAGAUCCUUUUAGCGUCUUUAUUACCCCUGAAUUAAGUAACAAGGCCAGUCCUUCCUUUGGUGGAUUUAGAAAAGCUGCACCUCUUGCAGAUUCACCUCCUUGCAGUUUCACCUCUGAGAAGUUUGCAUUUGAUUCUUCAAUCGCAUUCCCCAAUGUUGGUUCAUGGCCAACCGGUCCAAGUUUAUCUCCAGAUUUUCAGCCCAAGGGAAAGUCUGAAGAUGCUUGUGGUGGUUUCGAUUGUGAGACUUCAUCUACUGAUAUGUCAGUGCAGGGAAGUGUAAGCAAAGGGGAGAGACAAGUGAAAAUGCAAAAAGACACCAACAAAAGUUUUGAGCAAGAAGAUGUUUUCCUGGGAGAUAAUGAAUUGUCCUCAGAAAAGAAAAUGUCAGAAGAUGCUCCAUCUUCCAAAAAUCACACGAAAGAAUGUGAAGGCACCGAGGACACAAAUCCAAAGACAACAACACAGUGUUUUGUAGCAGCUGACUCUUCUGGUCAUGUGGAGGAGAUAUCAUCCUUACUGAAGAAGCCUGACAAACAAGAAAGCCAAGUAGAUAAAAGAAAGAACAAUUGUGAUGCUGAAACUCCUCUUAAAUGUAAUAAGAGUACAAAAGAAGAAGUGAAAUUUUGGUCACCUGAAGGAAGAACCACGAUGAGUGGUGGAAAACAUAAAAAUGGUAAAAUUAGCUUGUCGGGUCAGGUGAUGUUUGAAAGCUACGUCUUUAAGCUUCUGCGUGUUCAGAAGGUAUUGAAGGAGGCAUGUACAUGAUAUGAAAGUAAAUAACGCUUUCCUUGGACAUAGCAUUAGCAAUAAAAUUUCUCAUCAGAAUUCGUGAACAAAGGAACAUUAAAAAAAAAUUCUUUCCA